CGGCCCGGCCGGCCGGCCUGCUAGCCUGCGCGUGACACCACAUGAAAGCGUCCCCUUGCUGAGCGCCCUCGCGAUGGCCGCUCCCUGGAGGGGCGCCCUGCUGGUGCUCCUGGCGUCACAAGCUGUAGCCCUGGUGAAGGGCUUGGAAGAGGAAGAUGUCCCGGAGGAGUGGCUCCUACUGCACGUAGUCCAGGGCCAGAUUGGGGCCGGGAACUACAGCUACCUGCGGUUAAGCCACGAGGGGAAGAUCAUUCUCAAGAUGCAGAGCCUGAGAGGCGAUGCGGACCUGUAUGUGUCGGACAGCACCCUGCACCCCAGCUUCGAUGAGUAUGAGCUUCAGUCUGUCACCUGUGGCCAGGACACAGUCUCUAUACCAGCUCACUUCCAGCGCCCUGUGGGGAUAGGCAUCUAUGGCCAUCCAUCACAUCUCGAGAGCGACUUUGAGAUGAAGGUAUAUUAUGACAGAACAGUUGAUCAGUACCCUUUGGGAGAGGCCGCCUAUGCUGAUCCCACAGGUGCCAGUCAGAAACAAGCUUAUGAUCCCCAGGAGGCGCCCCAAGAGGAGGAGUCGGUCCUCUGGACGAUACUGAUAAGCAUUUUGAAGCUAGUACUUGAAAUUCUCUUCUGAUUGCUUGGCAUACCCUGGAGUACAGUGCCCUUAAUCCGUUAGGGCAACUAGUCUGCUGUGGACCUUGCUACUUUACCUGGUGAAAUUAUGGUUACCUUUUCUAGACUAGGGAUGGAAAAAUAAAGCCAUACAGAUGUUACCUCAGUUACUCCCCAAGUAGGAAACACAAGCAAGCACAGUAUUUGUUUUACAGAUCAAAAUUCCUGUAAAAGGAAUAUGCUCAAUAAAAAGUUUAAACACAUUUUGAUUAGCCAGGUGAAUAAAAAAAUUAUUCCAGUAGGUUAUAUCAAUGAAAAUGGAUCUGGUACAGAUCAGAUCAAAGGCUGACAACUUUUAGAAUUUUACUUUAGACAAUUCUAAUCAAGUUCAGCAUGUCAGGCUUUCCAGAGGGACUAAAAUCACGUCAGAAAUACAGGCUCUUCCCAGAGCCUAGGCCCACAGUAGGAACAUGUGGUACUUGCUACCCAUGCAACCCUUUCUGGCUGGGUGACAGGCAUGUACAAACAUUGUUGCUGUGUCAGUUGGUGACACUCCUCAAGAUCCAAUUGUACAGUCUUAGGUCAUUGGCACUUUCAUUAGCUUGGGCUGGUGAGAACUCUGGUCAUCAGGUAAUUUUGUGAUGCUACUUAGGGUAAGCCAGAAACCACCACCACAGAUCAAGAGGAUGGUAACUUUUCAGGCUCACAGAGGAAUAAAUACUUCAAAUUAGCUUGCUAAAUAUUUCUGCUGAGUUCUUGGAGAAAGACAAAGCUCUUGGAGAUUGGGAAAAAAAAAAAAAGAUGUUUUGGAAAAUGAACGAUUUCUCUGCCUGGACUUAUUUUCCAGGGUAGGAAUGACUGAUAAUGAAAUAAAUCAACUUGCAGAUUUUAAGGUCAGAAUUAGUUAAAAAAAAAAAAGUUUUAUUGGCAUAAAAAUGAAAAUGUAAAUAAAUUUGCACCAAGUAUUCCAAACAUUAGGGUCAAAAAACUAUCCCUCUUUGCUGUUUUUCCCCCUUCUGCCCACUUUCCUGGGUGUUGGGGGAGCCCGCUGACAACAGUCACAAAUCCAGCGACCUAGGAGAAAAAUUGUUAGUUAAUAUGGAGUGGAUUUUUUUUUUUUUUUUUUUUACAGGACUGAGUAUUAAGCCAUCUAAACUCCUUCCUUAGCUGUCAAUAAUGACAGCUCUGGGGAUUUUCAGUGGAGAGAACUCUUGCAUAAUCAGUAUAACCAAUAUUAUAUGAAACUCAGUGCAUGGGCAAGGUGAUGGAGGAUGCUAUACAAAUUAAAAUUAACUACUGUAAACCUUCCUGAAAUUGAACACAAUCAUGCUUCUAAAGGCUCAACAAUUCCUAACAAAACCUGUUGCUGAACUUGACCUUUUUUCAUUAGCCUUUAUUUUAUUUAUUUAUCUUUUUUCGUUUUUCGUGCUCUAACGCUGUCCAUUUCUGGUGAACAAUGGUAUAGUAUGACAGCACUUUAAAACUAGCAUAAACAACUACACUAUAAGCUUGAUCUGAAUUCCUGUAGGACCUUCAGUGAUUGUUUAAGUCUAAGUGAGUCCCAGAAAACUUAGUUUUAUAAAGUACUCUACUGUGUUAACUAUGCAAGUAAGUUCUAAAAUUACACAGUAUAUCUGUGUAAUAUUUUAGUACAAUGUCUGAUUUGCUCUGAUCCUGUGUCAUCCUGAAGUCACCUGGAAAUGUGCUGCCUCACCUUAUAGAAAUAUUAUCUAGUAUGAAUAAAAGCAUAGUGGUCA